AUAUUCUAGUCAUAUUUUCUCUCAUGUUCCUUCAAGCUCUUUUCCUCACUUAGUGUCUUCUUUUAAUUAUAUAUCCCACUAAUAUUGCCAUUCUUUAAUGUUGCUUUUCUAUAUAAUGUCCUAUCGUCAUGAUUUUAAGUUUGGCUUCUUCUCUCUCCAGUACAGUAGGAGGCGCUCUGCAGCUCUUUAGUCCGCCGAUAAACCCACUAAAGAAAGAAAGAAAGCUCGCGUGUGAUGUGUUUAUGUAUCCUCAUUGUUUUCUCUCUUCUUUAGUGACUUAUUGAGUGUAAACAGAGUCUUGUCUCUGUGUAUUUUAGUGUUGGGAUGUUGAUGAUGAGAGAUGAGAUGUGCUGUAAAUCAGUAGGAACUGAUCUGUCCAUGCUGGAUAUUGAUGAUUUCAUCACAGAAAUCUCUCAGCUGAAGAAAGAGGUGGCGUUACUGGAGACAAAGCUGAGGUCAAGAGGAGAUGAAGGAGUGAAGAGAGAGGAUGUGGAUGUGGUUUGUUGUGAAUCUUCAGUGUAUGUGACUGAUGGAUGUCUGGAUUCAGUGUGGAUGAGCAGAGAUCAGAGCCGCACACCACAGCCACUGCUGGACUCUAAACUCUCUGAAGAGAAAUCCAGACACACACAGGACUCAGAGCUCAGUCUCACUUUACUCUCUUAUACUGAGUCAAAGCCCACAGACGCUCAGGACACUGUGUGUGACAGUAAUCAGGGCUUACAGGAUGAGGAAUCUACUGAUCAAACCUCCACAGAGUCUCUGGAUUCUGUCUGUAACGCUGGAGAACAGCAGCAGAUCCUGCAGACCACACUGAAGAUGUGUUCAGUCAAACUGAUCGACUGCACGACCCUGAUGAUGAAGAUUAAAACAGAACCCACAGAAGAGGAAGAUCAUACUGAUGAAGACAAUUGUGCAGAUGAUUUAAAUCCAUCAGAUGUGAAGAGUGAUUCAUGUCGUGAUGGAGAAACGUCCUCAACAUCAGAAGAGCGACUGACAGCACAAACUCUUUCCUGCAUCACCUGUGGAAAGACAUUCAGCUCACAGAGACAUUUAGAGAGACAUGAGAGAAAACACACAGAACAGAAACUCAGCUUUACUACCUUACAAGAGAAGAAACGUCAUCAUUCAGAAGAGCACGGAGAGAAGAAGAAGAAGAAAAAGAAGAAGUUGUUUCAAUGUGAUCAGUGUGGGAAGAAUUUUGUCUUCUUAUCUCAGCUGAAAGCUCACAUGAGGACACACAGUGGUGAAACGCCUUUCUACUGCACUGAAUGUGGCUUUUACUUCAGCACCAAACAAAGUCUUGAUGGUCAUCAGAGAAUUCACACAGGAGAAAAACCAUACGAGUGUCCUCACUGUGAGAUGAGAUUCAGAGAUAAAAGCAAUCUGAAGAGACACGUGUUUAAACACACCAAUGAGAGACCGUAUCAGUGCAGUAAAUGUGACAAAACCUUUAGGCAUUCAGCUUCAUUAAAUUCACACCAGAGAAUUCACUCUAAAAAGAAACUCUAUCAAUGUUCACACUGUGAUAAACGUUUCUGUUAUAAAUCUAGUCUGAUAAAUCAUGAGAGAAUUCACACUGGAAAACGUUACAAAUGCUCUCAUUGUGAGAAGACGUUUACUCUGUCAAGUAAUUUAAAAGUCCAUGAGAGACUUCACACUGGAGAGAAACGUUACAUCUGCUCCUACUGUGGAAAGAGAUUCACUCAUCUAUCUAAUGUCACAACUCAUGAGAGAAUUCACACCGGAGAGAAACCUUAUCACUGUAGUAUCUGUGGGAGGAGUUUUAGACAGCGUGAAAAUUUAGUAAGGCAUCAGAGAACUCAUACAGGUGAAAAACCUUUCAAAUGCUCUCAAUGUGAAAAGACGUAUACUCGGUUAUGUAAAUUAAAAAUUCAUGAGAGAUUUCACACAGGAGAGAAACCUUACGCCUGCUCGAUUUGUGAAAAGAGAUUCCCUCAUCCUGAAAGUCUUAAGUAUCAUCAGAAGAAACACACUGAAGAACAAACUACAUUGAAAUCAUCACAGUGCCUUAAACUCUUUACACAUUGACUGCGUAUAUUCCACCUGAAUGUUUGACACGAUAAUAUGUUAGAAAAACAACAAUUCAUUUCUAUGAUUUACUUCACAUUGAUUUGUUCUUUAGUGAGCGGAUGUUCAGAAGUGCUAAUUCAACAGUUACUGGUUUUGGCCCUGUGUCAAUCUCAAAAUGAUUUCUAAGAUGCAGUAGGUAGAAUAGUAGGUAAUCUUUCUAUCACAUAUCAGGACAGAGAAACCUAAUGGGACAUUGGCCUCCGCGCGUUCUGUAAACAUAAAAUGAUCACAUGUUUGACACUUUCUGCGGAAACUUUUCCAUAAACAAUAUAAAAUAGCCUCCUGUGUUUGUUUUCCACAUAACAAUAUACUAUAGAUAUUGAUAGACUAGAUAAGAAGUGUGGAUAUUUAAAAUCUCUAGUCUGUCUUUAGUCUGGUGGUCAGGGCACAGGAAUGGAUUAAAUCAGCAGAUGUUAACUGUCUAAAUUAAAAUCUAGGGGGGAUUGAGCUUUCGCCAUAGCCGCAUAACCUAAACCGCUCCAUAUUAGAAUUUCAAAUCAAAGUUAAAAACAUUUUUUAUUAAGACCUAUGACUUGUGAUGUUGUUUGUCGGAUGUUUAUGUGGUGUGUAUAUAUAUAUUUUUAAGUCUUUUAUACUCUAAAAAAAACAAACCGUGCUAU